AUGAGAAACGUGUGUUCACAGAUAUUUGAUAAGAAGAAGUAUCCAUGUGUCGUCCUCAUUGGCUGUGGCAACCACACCCACCUUAUCCGCAAUCUCUUAAAAAUAAAGCAUUCCUCUUCUUCUUCUCCUUUCUUCAGUCGCUUCUUCACUUCUGUUGCAUCCUUCAAUAUCAAUCCACAGAAAGGAAUGGCGACAGCAGCUGCACCGGCGGUGAUAUCAUGGACAAGAGCAGGAAUCGUGUGCAAAUCCGGACAGACGACGACACAGAGGAAGCCUGAGAUGAAAUUUUCUUACAUCAGAGGACUGAACUCAUACGGUGGUCUCAAGGCACAGAACAGCAAGGUUGUCUCCAUGGGAUCACCACUCUGCACAGAGCAGUGCUUCGCCAAUGUUGUCAUGUCUCUCAAGGGAAGAACGAGCGGUGGAGGAGCGUUGUCCACCACGUGUAACGCGGUCGGAGAGAUUUUCAAGAUCGCAGCGAUCAUGAAUGCUCUUACUCUUGUUGGUGUUGCCGUUGGAUUCGUUCUCCUUCGAAUCGAAGCUUCUGUUGAAGAAGCCGAGUAA